AUGCCUCCCAUGGAUGUCGGCGCCAGCAUGAACGGCAACGGUAUCCCACAUGUCCCUAACCACGUUCUCAACCCGAUGAACCCUGAAGCUUUGACCAUGCUGGGUGACCCUUCUCUCAUGGCAGACCCUUCCCUGCUGGGUAUGCAAAUGCCUAUGGCCGAUCCUUCUUUCAUGAUGCAACCUGGAAUGAACCUCUCAAAUGGCCAGACCCAGGGAUUUAGCCUCCCAGUAGUACCGCCACCUACCACUGUCAGUGCCGAGGAGGUUGCUCUCUAUGAUCGCCAGAUUCGCCUCUGGGGCAUGGCUGCUCAAGCCAAGAUCCAAAGCGCAAACAUUCUUCUCAUCACCAUCAAAGCCCUUGCCAACGAGAUCGCCAAGAACCUGGUUCUUGCUGGUGUCGGUUCUUUGACUCUUCUUGACAGUGCUACUGUUACCGAAGCCGAUCGAGGUGCUCAGUUUCUACUCCCUGACGAUGAGGACGUUAUUGGAAAAAACAGAGCCCAGGUUGCCAGUGUUGCCCUCAGAAAGCUUAACCCUCGUGUUCACGUUCAUGUUGACGAGGAAGGCGUUAAGACCAAGGGCCCAAGCUAUUUUGCUGCAUACGACAUUGUCAUUGCGACCGACCUUGAUCCUGAGUCUUUCAACAUCAUCAACACAGCCACACGCCUGAACUGCAAGGCUUUCUAUGCUGCUGGCUGCCAUGGUCUCUACGGCUUCAUCUUCAGCGAUUUGAUCGAGCACGAUUAUGUCAUUAAGCGUGAUCUCGGAAACGUAUCAACAACCACUGGCCCAGAAACUCGCACGCGCUCUAUUGUUGACGUUCAGACCCGCAAGGAAGGACCCAAAACAAUCGAGUCUGUCACCAAGCGCGAGCUCUAUUCCACAUGGUUCCUCGCCAGCGAUGUCGCUGUCCUACCUGCCGAGUACACCCAGUCCAAGCGACGACUCAAGAGUGUGACCCCUGCUCUGUCUUGCCUCCGUGCUCUCUGGGAGUUCAUGCAACUCCAGAACGGUCGUGUUCCCAGCAAUCGCGAAGACCUUAAGAUGUUCACACAGAUUGCUACACAGAAACACAAAGCACUCGGUCUGCCCAGUGAAACACUUCGUCCCGAGUUUCUGCGCAGCUUCCUUCAGAACCUCGUCAGCGAAAUCUCCCCUGUUUCCGCUAUUCUCGGUGGUCAACUUGCUCAAGAUGUCAUCAACGUCCUCGGACAAACCCAGCAGCCUAUCCAAAACAUGGUCGUCUUUGACGGUAACACCAUGGAGGCGCUUAUGUACCCUCUGCACCCAGAAGGCCCUCUCGGAGCAUCCCUACUCACCGAUCACACCGUCCCUAAUGGUGGCGCACCCAUGCUCAUGGGCGGCGGCAUGGAUGGUCUCCCUCUGGGCAUCGACCCUACCGCGAUGGGUGCUUUACCUCACCAUAACAACCCUAUCAUGCUUGCUGGUGGUAUGCCCCAAACCGGCAACUUCAUCGCUAUGCCGGGCGGCUCCCUCGCCGAUCCUACACAGCUCAACGGUGCACCGGCACCUCAGCGGCCUAUUCAAGAACAGGCAGCUCAGGCCACAGCAGAGCAACCCGUACAGGAAGCACAGGCGAACCUCAACGCCUCAGAGACCAAUUAG